AUGGCGGCCGAGCGCCCCCGCAACCUCCGCGCCUGCCUCCUCUGCAGUGUCGUCCUCUCCUACAACAGCUUCUCACUCUCGGGCUGCCCCAACUGCGAAGACGUUCUCGCCCUGAAGAACGCUCCAGACUCGAUCGCCGAGAUGACGUCGCAGGUCUUCGAAGGGUUGAUUACGCUGCACGACCCGGCCACCAGCUGGGUCGCCAAGUGGCAGCGCCUCAGCGGCUACAAGCCGGGGAUCUAUGCGACGAAAGUGGUGGGGCGGCUGCCGGAUGAUAUCGUGCAAGGGCUGGAGGAUCAGGGCGUGAGGUAUGUGCCCAGGGAUGGCAGUGGUGGGGAGGAGGAGAUGGGGACUUAG